UGUGGAUGAGCAGAGAUGCUGGACUCUAAACUCUGUCAAGAGAAAUCCAGACACACACAAGACUCCGAUCUCAGUCUGACUUUACUCUGUUAUACUGAGUCAAAGCUCACAGACACUCAGGACACUACAGUGUGUGACAGUAAACAGAGCUUACAGGAGGAUCAAACCUCCACAGAGUCUCUGGAUUCUGUCUGUAACGCUGGAGAACAGCAGCAGAUCCUGCAGACCAAACUGAAGAUGUGUUCAGUUAAACUCAUCGACUGCACGAACCUCAUGAUGAAGAUUAAAACUGAACCCACAGAAAUCAAAACUGAACCCACAGAAAUCAAAACUGAACCCACAGAAAUCAAAACUGAACCCACAGAAAUCAAAACUGAACCCACAGAAAUCAAAACUGAACCCACAGAAAUCAAAACUGAACCCACAGAAAUCAAAACUGAACCUAAAGAAAUCAAUAUUGAACCCACAGAAAUCAAAACUGAACCUAAAGAAAUCAAAACUGAACCCACAGAAGAGGAAGAUCGCCCUGAUGAAGAUGAUGACUUUAUUACAUCAGGUGUGAAGAGUGAUUCAUGUUUGGAUAUCGAAAUAACGUCCUCAACAUCAAAAGAGCGACUGACAGCACAAACUCUUUCCUGCAUCACCUGUGGAAAGACAUUCAGCUCACAGAGACUUUUAGAGAGACAUGAGAGAAAACACACAGAACAGAAACUCUUCACCAGAUCUGAGAUCAGCUUUACUACCUUACAAGAGAGGAAACUUCAUUCAGAAGAUCACAGAGAGAAGAAGAAGCAGUUUCACUGUGAGCAGUGUGGGAAGACUUUUGGCUCUUCCUCUGAUCUAAAUGUUCACAUGAGGACACACAGUGGUGAAAAGCCUUUCAACUGCACUGAAUGUGGAAAAUACUUCACAACCAAGCACAAUCUUAAAGUUCAUCAGAGAGUUCAUACUGGAGAAAAACCUUACGAGUGUCCUCACUGUGAGAAGAGAUUUAGCUGUAAACAUAGUCUGAAGAGACAUGUGCUUUUACACACCAAUGAGAGACCGUAUCAGUGCAGUGAAUGUGACAAAACCUUUAGGGAUUCACGUUCUUUAAAAUCACACCAGAAUACACACAUUGAAGAGAAACUCUAUCAGUGUUUACACUGUGAUGAAUGUUACGGUUAUAAAUGUCAUCUGAUAAUCCAUCAGAGAGUUCAUACUGGAGAGAAACCUCAUCACUGUAGUGUCUGUGGGAAGAGUUUUUGUGUAAAGCAUACAUUACUAAAUCACAAGAUAAUUCAUACAGGUGAAAAACCUUUUAAAUGCUCUCAGUGUGACAAGACGUUUACUUGUUCAAGUAACUUAAAAAAACAUGAAAGAGUUCAUUCUGGAGAGAAACCUUAUCACUGUAGUGUGUGUGGAAAGAGUUUUAGUCAAGGGUCUACAUUACUAUAUCACAAGAGAAUUCAUACAGGUGAAAAACCUUUCAAAUGCUCUCAGUGUGACAAGACAUUUAUUUGUUCAAGUAACUUAAGAUACCAUCAGAGAGUUCAUUCUGGAGAGAAACCUUAUCACUGUAGUCUCUGUGGAAAGAGUUUUGGACAACGGGCUACAUUACUAAAUCACAAGAGAAUUCAUACAGGUGAAAAACCUUACAAAUGCUCUCAUUGUGACAAGACUUUUUCUCAGUCCGGUCAUUUAAAAUCUCAUCAGAGCGUUCAUACUGGAGAAAAACCUUAACACUGUAAUGUUUGUGGGAAGAUUUUUAGUCAACAGUGAAACUAACUUAAAGGUCACGUUUUCCUAAUCCUAAACCCUAGUUAGUGUGUAAUGUUGCUAUAAUAGCAUAAAUAAUACUUGUAAAAUAAAAUGAUAAAGCUCA